AUGCGAGCCGAGGGUGAGGCGACGGCAGUGGCUGAUCGAGUGCAGCUGAAGAUUCUGUCGCCGGAAGGCGAAGGCUUCACCGAAUCCGCCACAGAAGUCAUCCUCCCCAGUGCCAGCGGCCAGCUGGGCAUCUUGGCUAACCACGCCCCAAUGAUGUCGGCCCUGGACGUGGGGGUCCUGCGCUACAAGCAGGACGGCGAGUGGAAGCCCCUCGUUGUCAUGGGAGGCUUUGCGACCGUCGAGGCCAACACGCUGUCUAUUCUCGUGAACGAUUGGGAGUCGGGUGAUGACAUCAGCGUGGACCAGGCGAAGGAGGAGCUGGAAGAGGCCACCAAAGCCAUGGAGGUCGCCGAGUCGAAGACCGAGAAGCUGGAGGCUUCGCAGGCUGUGAAGAGGGCGUCUGCUCGCCUUCAGGCCGCCAUGUACACAUAUGGUGCAUCGCAUCUGCCCGUCGAGAACGCCUCCGUUCCAGAACAGGCGUUUCUCCACGAACACGGCGACUGGGUCAAGGCACAGUUAUCGCGUUUGUGUCUGUAG